AAAUGAAGUGUCAAGUCGAACUGUGUCAUGUCAAGUGUUAAACAAAAAAUAUUGUUUUGAUUUGCUUCGUCUCGUUUAUUGCUAAUUUCAGCAAAAUUUAUUAUUGUCCCAAAUAAAGAAUUAUUGUAUUUAUUGUUACCGAGGCAAUAAAAACAAAUAUAGUCUUGCGUAAACGACACAUUGGUAUGAUAAACAAUGGACGCGAUGUUUGAAAUUUGCUAUCUCUCGUCGGAAGGUAACAAUGUUGAACCUGAUGACAUCCCGAAGACAAAGGAUUAUGUUUGGAUUCUUGGCAAAAAAUAUAGUGCAAUUCAAGAACUAGACCGUAUACGACGAGAUAUUACAUCCAUUAUUUGGUGCACUUAUAGAAAAGGAUUCAUUCCUAUUGGGGAUGAGGGUCUGACAUCAGAUAAAGGUUGGGGUUGCAUGCUACGAUGUGGUCAGAUGGUACUUGGGGUAGCCCUUGUUAGGGUUCAUUUGUCGACUGAUUGGUUUUGGAGUCCUGAAACAAGAGACCCAACAUAUUUAAAGAUUGUCCAACGAUUUGAAGAGAGGAAACAAGCUCCAUACUCCAUUCACCAAGUAGCCUUGAUGGGGGCCUCUGAGGGCAAGGAUGUUGGUCAGUGGUUUGGACCUAACACUGUAGCACAGGUUUUAAAAAAACUAGUAGUUUAUGACAAAUGGAGUUCUGUGACCAUUCAUGUUGCUUUAGAUAACACUAUUGUAAAGGAAGAUAUUUUGCAACAAUGUGUAGUAAACAAUGACAGAGGAGACACUUCUAGUACUGAGGAUUUUGUGAUAACUGAUUGGAUGCCAUUACUACUGAUAGUUCCACUGAGGCUGGGGCUCAGUGAAAUCAAUCCUGUUUAUAUUGAUGGUUUAAAAAUAUGCUUCCAGUCGCCGCAGAACAUCGGUGUGAUUGGUGGCAAGCCCAACCAAGCACUCUACCUGAUUGGCUGCGUUGGAGACGAAGUCAUUUAUCUGGAUCCUCACACCACACAGAGAUCUGGAUUAGUUGAAAAUAAAAUUACCGAUGAGCAGAAGGAAAUGGAUUGCACUUAUCACUGUAAAUAUGCUUCCCGAAUACCAAUGCUAGAAAUGGAUCCUUCAGUAGCUGUCUGUUUUCUGUGUAGAACAAAAGCGGACUUCGUGGAGUUGUGUGACACCAUAGAGAAGAGUUUGAUGUGCGAGAGUCAGCCGUUGUUCGAGCUGUGUGAGAAGCGGCCGGCGCACUGGGGCCCCGGCGUCGCCGACAUUGACCUACAGAAUACCACCCUGUUCAACGAAUUUGAAGACGUAGACCGACAGUUCGACGACUCAGAUGACGAGUUUGAAAUCCUAUGAUGUAGCGAUCACGAUCGCUAAAUGGUCACAAGGGAUUUUAUAAGUAGGUAUAGAUUUGAGCUGAUUUGAAGUUAUACCUCUUUACAUUGGCCGUAGAUAGUACAUAGCACUACAUAUAACAGACCGGCUUCAUUGCUACGUUUCACUGACGUACGUCAAUGUUAAAACCUAUAGAAAACAACGGAGCUGCAGCGCCGUCGCAACAGAGCGCAACGUUGCAAUGGGGCCGAGCUCUUACAGUAUAUGCGGUGUAAACUGCAGCGUUGCUUGUAUUGUAAGCAUUUGGUGCCGCAGUGCGAGUUAGCAAUACGAUAUCGACUGUCGAGACGCAGUGAGCCAGUCACAUUGCAGUUUAUAGCGAAUUGCAAACUCACACUAUGGCCUCAGUUCAGUACUUUGUAACUAAAGCUGGUGUGUGGCAUAUGCUUUAAAUUUGGCUGUGUUGCAUUCCAAACGCAUUACUAUAAAAUAAACAUGAUUUAACAUCGUGUGAUAUUAUUACACAUCUUUAAUACAAACACAAACGUACAAACUUUGUUAUAUGACAGUAUCGUUGAAUAAAAGUGUCGAUUCUACUAAAGUUAGUCAAUCUUGUCUCAGUAGUGUUUCCACAUUUGUACUUGUUUACAUGUAAUAAUAAGUAUUGAACAUCAAUUGAGGUCCACAACAUCUAAUUCACAAGUAAUUCGAUUUAGUAAGUUAGGUGUGCAUGUAAUACCAGCUUUAGUUAAUCGAAAUUUAACUUUGCCUCAUUGAGCUGAGUAUGUACCCGUGUCCUAUUCUCGAAUGCAGUGGUUUUUAAGUGGUAGCAGUAAUAUAAAUAAUAGGCAGCCAACAGACUGGAAUAAUAUAGGUGCAUAAUAUACACUUAUUUUGCAGUGCCUUUGAUAAACUUUUUAUCGUGCAAUUUUAGAAUACACAUUCAAAAUUUACAUUCCUGACGAAGAGAACGAAACUUUUUCGUUAUUUAAAUGUACUUUUUAAGUUUUAUACUACAUUGAUAUUAUUAUAUUAGAAAUUUUGUGUUUUCUAAAUUUGACUCAGUACAUUUUUAGGUUGAUGUUACUUAACUGAUACUACAUUUUUGUAACCUUUUAAUUAAUUAAUUGUUAGGGUAAGGUUACACGAAUUACAUUUAUGAUACAUGGGUUAUGAAGUUCAGUUGUUUUUUUAAUAAUUAUUUGGAAUUUUGUUGUAUCUAGUCAUAGAAUAGGCACAAAUAAAAAAAACUUUCAGAUUUCAAAUUAGUUUUUCAGUUUUUAAUUGAAACUUUAGAAUAAUACAUAAUAUUGUAGGACUAUAUAUUCGUUUUAUUAUUUCUCGGACAAAAAGUUUUUAUAACCACGAAUUGGUUUAAUUAUAUAUAAUUUAAGGACUCGCGUCACUUUUUGCCCACUUAGUACCUACUUAAUAUAUUGUUGUUUGUUAACAUUGGACAUUGUUGUUGCAUUUUUUUUUGCUUUAUUAUGAAUAUUAAUUAUUUAAAUGCCAAUUCAAAUCGUGUACUUGAGGCAUUUUUGCAGAUUAUCAUACUUUUUUGUACACGAUUGUGAAUAAAUUAAAUAUGUAUGUAGAAGGUACACUAAUUUGGUAUUAUUUUAUUAUGAUUGUUUAUGUUAAGAUCAAAAUUUUAGUAUUAAUGAUAAAUCAAUAUCUCUCCUUUUAAUAGGAUCGAAUAAUUCUUCAAUGAAACAUAUUAUUUCUGAUAAAUAAUCUCCCUUUUGUAAAAAUCUCACUUUAUUUCACUUAUUAUAACUCACGAAACGAAAUCAUUCUGCUGCGCAAUGAUCCUAGGAUCAUCAGUCUGACGAACAUUGAUCAGCCACGCGUAGAAUACAAUGUACAGUUCGACUGGAAACUUUAUCAUGCGCAUCACACGUGUUCCGUAGCCAGCGUUGAUUGCGACACGUUAGUUGUAGCCGAGUGUACCGCUUCUUUGUUGCUAAGUAUUUUACUUAGUAACAAAGAAGCGGUACACUCGGCUCGACAAUUUUAUUGUACAAUGUGUAAUUAAUAUAUUGCAAGCAUCACAUAUACGUGCCAAUAUAAUGACGUCGUAGAACACACUGUAAGAGAUAAAGCAAAAGGAUAUAUAUGUAAUAACUAACGUCACUAUUUAGACAUAUAACUAUUGUUGUUCAGUUUUAUUUUCAAUUUCUCAAAAACUGCAUCCAAUAUAGAUUGUAAACUUUACUGCUUAUACUACUAUGCAUAAUUUUUGAAGCACGAACUGAAGAACUAACAAUAAAUAAUAGACUUUUAUUUUCACGUUUAGCGUAUUAUUAAAUAUAAUUGUUAUGCCAUUAGAAUACAAAAACUGUGAAUAGCUGUUUUGUAAUAAGAAAUAUUCGUAAGUUAAAGGUUACAAAAGUGUUGUUUUUUAAGUUUACGUAACUCAAUGCAGUUUGAAUGCAGCUGCCAAAGACUUGAUAUUUUUUAUAAAUAAAUGUCUCGUAACUUUAAA